CCCAAAACACGCGAACUCGGAAAAACAAAAAGAGACCAGACCUGUUUCCUUUCUUCUCUUUCUAUUCUCUUCUUCGUGAAAUCUCAGCCCUCCGAUCUUCGCAUUUCUCAAAUCUCUGGAAACCCCUCUGAACAAUGGUACGAGUUCCACGCCGGAAGAACUCGCCGACCUCGAACUCCGUACCCUGCCAACUCGGAUGAUGGAACUCACCGAUUCAAGCAGCGACGAACUCAGAGACCGCCCUAGACCCCCCGCCCGCUCCGUCCUCGGCAUCGAUCUCAAUGAGAUCCCUUCCCCCGCUGAAACCCUCGCCGAUUCCUUCGACGUCGUCCGCUCCUUCCACGACAACCCCUCGCCGCCUCCCGGAGGCCCCGCCGGCGUCCCCUCUGCCGCCGGACCCUCGCCCUGCGCCGCCUGCGGCAAGCCCGAGGACCGCGGCUGCGUCGUUGUCUGCGACGCCUGUGAGCGCGGCUUCCAUCUCUCCUGCGCGCGAAUGUGGGGCUCUCCCGUCGCGAUUCACGAGGAGUGGCUCUGCGGCGAGUGCGUUUGCAGCGGGGUCAAGAGCAAGCGCUGGCCCCUCGGGGCGAAGAAGCGCCUCCUCGAUAUGAACUCCUCGCCGCCUAGUGACCCCGAUGGAGACGCCGAGGCGACCGACGACGUGCUCGAUUUGAGAAAGCACUCUUCGGGUGGUAAUUCUUUUGGUGGCAAUCCAUUUGGUGCCCCAGUGACAUAUUCAAACUUUUUGUGUGCGGGAAAUGGAUUUGGCUUUCAAAAUGGUUCUGGAGUUCUAACACACUCAGGAUUUGAAGAUAUAUUGCAUCGUGCACAUGCUAUUGGCAGAAGCUUUGAGGAAGUAGAUUUGAGUUUUCCUCUGGGAAGGUGUAGAAGUAGUAACAAUACAGCUAUUAGAUUGCAAUCUCGGAGUCCAAGUGAGAUAUUUUUGCAGGCUCUUAGAGAUUUCGUUUCUGAAAGGCAUGGUGAACUGGAAGAAGGUUGGCGUGUAGAAUUUAAACAAUCUGUGGGCAGUUGUGAAUUGUAUGCAGUUUAUUGUGCUCCUGAUGGGAAGACAUUUGACUCAGUUUAUGAAGUUGCACGCUACCUUGGCUUGAUUUCUAAGUACAAUUCUAAGGAACCUGAAAUAAAAAGUGAGGGUUGUUUUUCUACACUGGAAAGGACACACUUGCCGAGAAAAAGAAAGGCAAGAAGAUCUGGAAUCACCAACGGAUUUUCUGAAAAUAAGGAAACUUCAAUUGGCUGUUAUUUUAUGGAGCUUCCAUCCAAUGGUCUAGGUAUGGAGGUCUGUUCUAGUACUUUUGACAACAAUGGACAACAUACAGAGGCUGCGGCAUGUGACAGUAGUCUCUCUGAGUCUGAGAAAAAUAAAGAGCGACUCCCUUUGCAGUUUGAAGAUUUUUUCCUCCUUUCUUUGGGUAAAGUCGACACAAGGCCUUCUUAUCAUGAUGUGAACUUUAUCUGGCCUAUAGGUUUUAAAUCCUGCUGGCAUGAUAGGAUUACUGGUUCUCUUUUUAUAUGUCAAGUAUUGGAUGGUGGUGAUUGUGGACCUGUUUUUAAAGUCAAGAGGUUAUCAUGCUCUUCUUUGCCGAUUCCAAACAGUUCAACUGUCCUCUUUAGAAAUCUUGUUGGGCAGUUCUCGAGCCCAAUGGAUGAAGAAACUGAUGAGAUGACUUGUGAUAAUGAAGACACUAUCCAGAUGAUUCUUUCUGAUCCUUGUCCACCUAUGGAAAAUGAUGUUUUAUCUUGUCUUAAAAGUUGUUCUAGUGGUGGUAGUGACGCUCAAAAAUCAAAUAAAUUGCAGCAUGAAGCUUGUUCGAUUCAUGAAAACACUGAAAAUGUUUUAUCUUGUGAAAUGAAUUUGAUAGAUGAUAUUGGUGAGUUUUCAGUAGAAGAGAGCUCUUCAGCUUUGGCCUGGAAAAUGGUCUCACAAAAAAUUAUUAAUGCUUGUUCUGAAAUCCUUAAACGGAAAGGCACAUUUAAAUUUUUUUGCAAGCAUCUGGGAAACGAUGGUGGCUUUCCCAACUGUGUUAUAGAUAAUGAAUACAGCAAGGGAAACUAUUGUUGUUCAUUAGACAAAUUUUCAAGUUCACCCGAUUCUUUUGGCAUCCCAUCAACAAUUCAGGCUGAUAAACAGGCGGAGACUUUUUAUGAUGCACUUGCAAGAUGGCUAGAUCAAGAUAGAUUUGGACUAGAUGUGGAUUUUGUUCAAGAGAUUUUAGAACAGCUUCCUGAGAUCCAAUCCUGUUCAAAAUAUCAAACACAUAGUGAGAGAAGUUCUGAUUCUUCAUCAAUAACCAUUGGGAAUGGGCUUCUAGUGCUCAAGAAGAGAGGUGGGCCAGAAUGCAAGGAAGAAGAUAUGAAUGGUUUAUUUAGGAGAUCCAAGAAAGCCAAGUUGGUCGAAGGUCAAGUCAUGGAUGAUCAUUGUCGUCCUCUUGGGAAGCAGUUGUGCUCGAGGGUUCCCUCUGAACUUGUUGGUGAUGUAUAUCAGGUUUGGGAAUCGUUAUGGCGUUUUAACGAAAUUUUGGGUUUGAAAGAGCCUUUGUCCUUGGAACAACUUGAAGAGGAACUUAUUAACCCUUGGGUUGAUAACUCAGAACUUCUCGAAAGGUUUGAGAAGGAGAUUCGUGGAAGUCAAGCUUUAAAUUCCAAUAGAACUGAUUGUACAGGUGGUAAAACGAUAUCCUCUAGUUGCGAGUCUGAUUUGGCAGUUUCUAGAGACAAUCCCCAUGCGUUUAUUCAAAUGACAACGGGAGCAAUGAAGGAAGCAGCUCAAACUAAACUUGCAUCUAUUACGUACAACAGAUGUUCUGGUGUGGCUUUGACAAAGGCACACAACUCACUGCUAAGAGUGCUAAUAGGCGAGCUGCAGUCCAAGGUUGCUGCACUUGUAGAUCCAAAUUUUGACUCUGGGGAGUCUAAAUCCAAGAGGGGAAGGAGGAAAGACGUUGAUAGCUCUGUUUCCAUGAAAAGAACUAAGCUCAACAUACUCCCCAUCAAUGAACUUACUUGGCCAGAAUUAGCACGGAGAUACAUCUUGGCUGUGUUGUCCAUGGAUGGUAAUCUCGACUCUGCUGAGAUCACUGCCCGUGAAAGUGGUAAGGUGUUUCGUUGUUUGCAAGGUGAUGGUGGAGUGCUUUGUGGCUCACUUACUGGAGUGGCCGGGAUGGAAGCUGAUGCACUGUUGCUUGCAGAGGCUACAAAACAAAUUUUUGGUUCAGUGGACAGAGAAAACGAUGUUCUUACUUUGGAGGAGGAAGGGUCUGAUGUAACUAGUGCUUCUGAAAAGAACUCAGUGAAUGAUGGUAACAUCCCAGAGUGGGCAAAGGUGCUAGAACCUGUUAGAAAGCUUCCCACCAACGUGGGAACUAGAAUCAGAAAGUGCGUUUAUGAGGCUUUGGAGAAGGAUCCACCAGAAUGGGCAAGGAAAGUAUUGCAGCACUCAAUCAGUAAGGAAGUCUAUAAAGGAAAUGCAUCAGGACCAACAAAGAAAGCUGUUCUUUCAGUGCUAGCAGAUGUGUGUGGUGGUGAAGGAUUGCUGCCAAAACCUGAUAAACGGAAGAAAAGGAAGAUUGUUAUCUCUACGUCCGAUGUUAUUAUGAAACAAUGUCGCAUUGUUUUACGCAAUGCUGCUGCUGCAGAUGAUUCAAAAGUUUUCUGCAAUUUGCUCGGAAGAAAGUUGAUAAAUUCAAGCGAUAAUGAUGAUGAGGGACUUUUGGGUUCCCCAGCAAUGGUUUCCAGGCCUUUGGAUUUCAGGACUAUUGAUUUGAGAUUAGCUGCUGGGGCCUAUGGUGGUUCGCAUGAGGCUUUUCUUGAAGAUGUUAGGGAGUUAUGGAGUAUUGUACGCAAUGCUUUUGGAGAUCAGCCUGAUUUGGUUGAGUUGGCUGAGACUUUAUCGCAAAACUUUGAGUCCUUGUAUGAGAAUGAGGUCAUUUCUCUUGUCGGUAAAUUUUCAGAGCUUGCGAAGUUACAAUGCUUGAAUGCAGAAAUGAGGAAGGAAAUAGAUUAUUUACUUUCUUCCACAAAUGUGAUUCCCAAGGCCCCUUGGGAUGAGGGAGUCUGUAAAGUAUGUGGCAUUGAUAGAGAUGAUGACAGCGUUCUGUUGUGUGAUACUUGUGAUGCUGAGUAUCAUACUUAUUGUUUGAAUCCUCCUCUUUUAAGGAUUCCAGAAGGAAAUUGGUAUUGUCCUUCUUGUGUUGUUGGCAGACGCACGGUUCAAGAUGUGCCAGAAAAUGUUCAGGUGAUUAGGCAACGCUCAGGUAAAAAAUAUCAGGGAGAAGUUACUCGUGUUUACUUGGAAGCACUUGCGCAUUUAGCAACAAAAAUGGAAGAAAAAGAGUAUUGGGAAUUCUCUGUGGAUGAGAGGAGCUUCCUCAUGAAGUUUUUAUGUGAUGAAUUGCUUAACUCAGCCAUCAUACGUCAACACCUUGAGCAGUGUGCUGAUACUUCGACAGAGUUACAGCAGAAAUUACGUGCCCUUUUUGUAGAAUGGAAAAUUCUCAAGUCCAGAGAAGAAAUCUUAGUUGCUAGAGCUGCAAAGCAUGACCCGAAUAUACUCAAUUCACUUGGAGCAGUUGGAAUAAGGGAAUCAUUGUUUUCAAACCAUAACAAAGGUCAAACACCAGCUUUGAGCGAUAGGUCUAACUGCUGUGGCAUGUCAACAGAUGAUCUAUCAACACUUGGGGGUGGUCGAGAAGCAAUUGAGCCAAGUGGUCUUGAUAGAAGCUCAUCCGCCACUGAUUCUCAGUCUAAUUGUCAAAAUCCUUUAGAUACUGAAGAUCAGUUAAAAGAUGCCCAUGCUUCUGUUGAGGAGAGCAAUACAGUGCUAAAUGAAGCUGACGCAUCUUGCGGAGCAAUCUGUUCCACAGGUAACCCGCAUGAAUCUGUGGGAAAGGAUAGUUCUUCUACCCUUAAACCUGUAGGUCAGCAUGGACAUUCUAACGCUUCUGAUGUGAGGAGCACCAUAGGUCAAAGUGUUCCUGCCGCUACUGUAAACGAGUUACAAGGCCACCAUGUUGAGUUGAAAUCUGUUAAGAAUGACAUUACAAUCCUGGAAGAGUCAAUUACUAGUGUAGAAUCAGAGCUCUUGAAGGUAUCUGUUCGGAGGGAGUUUUUGGGUAGUGAUUUUGUGGGUUGCUUGUACUGGGUUUCCGGCACGCCAACUGGGUCUUCUUGUAUCAUUGUUGACCGAAGUGCAGCAUUGCGGAGUGGGAAAAAGAUGAACAAUUUCCAAAGACCAGUCGGGAAGAGUUCAGUUUUGCAAUGUUCUAUCCAAUCUGUUCCAAUUCAGUGUGAACGAAAUAGUGUUGUUGCUUCUGAUUCACCUUGGGUGUCUUAUCAAACUGAUGGAGAUAUCGAUCAACUUGUUAGUUGUCUAAAGACCAAUGAUACAAAGGAAAGAGAGCUGAAAGAAUCUAUUUUGCACUGGCAGAAGCUGAGGUUCCAAGAGUUUCAGAAAAAUAAAAUCAGAGGUCAGGCCGAGUGUGCAGCUUUCGCAGCAUCCAUUAGUGGUGAAAAAGCCACAUUUUCUGAUGGUCUUGUAACCAGGGCUGCCAAUUUGCUGGAGAAGAGAUAUGGUCCAUGUAAUCAGUUGGAAACCACUGACAUCUUAAAAAAGAGGGGGAAAAAGGCUAGAUUAACUGAUGACAAUAAGAUGUACCGUUGCGAAUGCUUAGAACUCAUUUGGCCUUGUAGACACCAUUGCCUCUCUUGCCACAGAACCUUUUUCAAUGAUAUUGAACUUGAAGGGCAUAAUGAAGGUAAAUGCAAUUCAGUUGCACUGGCCCAGGAGAAGCGCAAAGAAAUAAGUGAUUCUUCAAAAGCUAAAGACAGUCUGAAAUCCGAUGCUAAUCGUGAAGACUCUACAGGAGAAAUGAGCCGGGUUGAAAUUCCAAAAACUGGUUUUUCUGAGCUUAGUGCUAAGUUGAUUAAGUUUCAGGAUGAAGGGUUGUCAUGCCCAUAUGACUUUGAGGAGAUCUGUUCCAAGUUCGUGACAAAAGAUUCGUGCAAGGAUCUGGUACAGGAAAUAGGUCUUAUUGGUUCAAAGGGUGUUCCGUCAUUUGUCUCAUCAAUGUCUCCUUGUCUUGAUGAUUCCACACUAGCUCUAAUUUCUCCUCAGAAAGAUGUGGGUGCACAAGGUGGUGGCUCUGAGGCUGCUGAAAGGCCUGUUUCCCUAGGAACUGGUACUAUAACUAUUGCUGGUUGGGACAUUCUAUCUGAUAGAUCUCCAAAAAGAUCUGCUAUGAAAGAAAUUAAUGCGGUAAAAUCCCAAAGACUGACAUUGGGGUAUAUAGAACAAAGAGAAGGGAUACGCUGUUCGGGUAGUCAUUCAUCAGAAAUGGGGGCUACUCGCUGCUGUGUGGUUCCGCAGUUUUCUUUGAGGCCGUUGGUGGGUAAAGUUUCUCAGAUUUAUAGGAGACUCAAAAUCAAUCUUCUCGAUAUGGAUGCUGCGCUACCUGAAGAAGCUUUAAGACCAUCAAAAUCGCAUUUGGGAAGGAGAUGGGCAUGGCGUGCAUUUGUUAAAUCUGCAACAACAAUAUAUGAGAUGGUUCAAGCGACAAUUGUAUUGGAAGACAUGAUUAAGACAGAGUACCUAAAGAAUGAAUGGUGGUAUUGGUCAUCAUUUUCUGCCGCUGCAAGAACUUCAACCAUGUCUUCCCUUGCCCUGCGAAUAUACUCCCUUGAUGCCGCCAUAAUCUAUGAGAAGAUCUCGUCCGAGUCAGAUCCAACAGAUAAAUCGGAGCCCAGUAACCUAUCUGAACAGAAGCCAGUACCCGUUAUCGAUCUGACGGAAAAAACCAAGAUAACCAGGAGAUCUAACAAGAAGAGGAAGGAACCAGAGGGUUGAUUCUUGAAUUCAAAGCCAAUGGAGUUUAUCCGAGUGGCCACAUGCAGUGGUUGGCGUGUGCAAUGGAAAUGGAAGAUAAUCAUUGAUUCCCAUGUUGAAAUUAUUGGUUGAAAAUGGACGACUGGGACAAGUUGGAUUGUUUAGGGUCACUGCUGCUGCUACUAAUGCUGCUGAAUCAUGUACGUGUACAUAGAGGUAAAGCUGACAUCUAACUUGGAGGCUGGAUUUGGAAGCAGAGAUUAUAUUUUUUUUUUCUGCUUGAAGGGGUUGGAGCGCCGGGACCGAUUUGCUGUAUUACAUAUGCAGAUGCAUCCAAUUUUGGACUGAUUUCUGCCUUUCAUAAUUGUUUGAUUAGAAAGCAAGAUGCAAUGGAAAUUGAUAUAAGCGAGAUCCAUAUGCAUAUACGGAGUAAUGUAAAAUGGAAAAAAAAAAAAAAAAAA